AUGGAUGAGAGUGGCGCGACCACGGCGAUAAAGAAUGCUGUUAGCGGGUUUGCCGAGACUCUUCCUGUGCUCAUGAAAGCCUUGGACGAUAUUGGCAAAAUUCAUCCUGUUAUUCAAGGUUCGAUUCUCGCCCAUGAAGCAUCGGGUGGGCUCAAAAACAUCAAAGAUGAAGCGAUCACUGGGCCUAAAGGCGUUACCAUUGAGGCCAGGUUGCAAGGGCUCAUGAAACAGACAGCGAGCGAUAUCCGGUCCUGCGGGAACGUGUGUGAUGCGUACUCGAAGAUGUCGCUGCUUGCGAAAGUGCUCAAAGGACCUCUCUGGGAGGGAACAUUUGCAAGCUUCGUCUCCAAGUUCUCGCAGCGGCGGGAUGACAUUGAAUUUGCGUUGUCCAUCCAUAUCGCUGGUAAAGUUGACGGGCUGCAUGACAAGGUGGACGAUCUAGCACAGAUCGUCGAGCGAAAGACAGACAUGAUCAUGGAGUUCUUGAAGAACUAUACUCCCCCAGAACACAUGGACGUGUGCAAGCAAAUCGAUCGCAGAGGGGGUCGCGAAGCUGUCCUCAAGAACGACGAUGCGUUGCAGGAACUCGUAUCCACUCGGUUAGAAACCAACUCAAGCAGAUCCAGCAAUCAAGCCACCGCGCUUGCACGGAAUGCGAAACAUGAACUGGAGAGCCAGUUGAUCGAUCCUGCGUUCCAAAUUCAGAAGAAUACCCAGUUCUUCAACAGGAAGUUCGAGAUGCAGCAGAGACAGAUCCUCGAAGGCGUGGGCGAGAUUGUACACCGCGAGAGCGAUCGUGUCAUCGAAACAGUCACUUCAGGCCCACAUGACAGAAUUUUGGACAAAGAUUUGCAUCAGAUAUGGAAAGAUAUGGGGUGGCGCGGAAGUGUCAAAGCGCGGCAUUUUGUGUUGGCGUUGAGGGACUAUGAGCAGGAGAGAAGAGAAGAGAAGAUGAGGAAAGAAGCUACAUUUCAAGUUGCACCUACUUUCGAUCCUGACGCUUGGGCUUUCGAUUGGAUCACGGUGAAACGGCUGCAGGCGAUUACGGAGGCUCUAGAUGACGAUGCCUCAGGCUUCAUUACCGUGACAGAGGCCAACAACUUUACCAGCUCGAGACCUGCGGAUUGGAGCCUGCCUCAAUGGCUGGCAUACUGGGCAAUAGGCUGGCAGAUCUCAGCAACAAUCUACCGGGACAAGAUACACGAAAUCUUCGAGAAGAUGUUUGCGAUGCGGCAACACCUCCACGAAGCUAAUGUGUUGAUGGUCGACAGUUAUCUCAGCGCUGUCUGGACGGACAUCUGCGGCAUAACCACCUCUCUUGAACCCUUUUAUGCAACUCCGCAGCUGCUGGAACGAUUCCAGAGCUACAUUGACGCGGAGGAAGAACGUCUCAAGAAGAAUCUCGAGGCCAUCAAAUAUCAUAUCGACGACUCGACCACUCUUGCGCUUGUCACGGGUCCUGGGCGGAUCGAAAAAUACUUGUUCCCGCUCAUUUAUCUCCUACUGAAGCACGACUACGCGGUCUUCUGCAUAGGGCGAAAGGAAAUUGUCAAUGAUCGUCACAGUAUAGAUGCCUUCGAUAGUCAAUGGACCAUUAACCAGGCUGUCCGUAAUCGUAUUGACGACCUGAAAGCGUCUCUCAAGCACCAGAGGCUGGACCUCGCACAUCACUUCGAGCAUGCUUACAGUGAUUUGUAUCAUUUAAUAUACUUGUCGAUGGAAGACUCGGAUUCUCCUGUGCCGCUCAAGGCGAUUCAAGCAUUUCCUUACAAAGCCGUUACCUAUGACGAUACUGAGGAGGACAAGGACGUUCCGACAGCGGAGACCGUGCUCUUCUAUGCAUAUGACCAAUCUCAGUUGAACGCAGGGGCAAACGCAAUGGAAGAUACUGCGACUGACGAGGAUCGGAAAGCCACCGGAAAUCUUAAGAAUAUUCUUGGCCGCUGGACCGGUUACAACUACACGAACACCGAAUAUCCGUUCUCAGUCAUGUUCACCGUAUUCAUUCACACGCUGAAUGCGGAGAGCACUCAAUACGAAGCCCUCGUCCAUGUCCCAGACUCCAAAGUCGAGUUCAAGCUGGCCGGGGACAUCGUCCCAGAGGCAGACGGCAAAGUGACAUAUCAAUUCCGCCUCAUCAUACCCAUCCAUGGAAUGUUGGUAGAGUAUGAUGGAACACUCAACGAAGACGGUAGCAUGCUGUCCGGAAAAUGGGGCUCUAACGCUGUUCGUGAUGCAUCGUUCUUCCUCUCGAGAAUGCCUGCGGAAGUGUUAAUUUGUCGGCCCUCGCCAAUGGAACUGCAAACCGACAGGAUUCGAGCGCUUUGGCGUUUUGCGCUGACGGCAGUGCAGGAGCAGGUUGCGCGGCGUCGGUUCACAUGGAAGUUCCUGGCGACACGCCGAGAUGUCCGUCAUCGCUACAUGGAUCUGGCGUUACGGACACAGCUCGGGCGCCCGCUCAACGAAGCAGAAGACGAAGAAGGGCGGAAAUGCAUGCGCGCCCUGACCCCGCUAGACGCACUCAUCUGUCACCACGUUAUGGAACUGCGCAAGCGCACGAUAUGCAUCCACAAAGGGAUAUUCUGCGACUCGUGCGAUGCGCACGAUCAGGAGAUAACGGGCGGGCGCAUCGUCUGCCUCACCUGCGACAGGGAUGGCGGUGAGUCGAUCGACCUGUGCGAGGACUGCAUCGUCACAGAGGUGGACCGUACGAAGCGGCCCGAUCUGGCCGCGCCGCAUCUCCCGACACACGACUUGUACAAGCUGCGCUCGUUGGUACAUCAGCGUGAGUUUCGCUCGAUUGUACUCAUGGCGCGCAACGCGCUGGAGAGGGCGCGGACGGCCUUCAAGGACGCGCAGGACGUGGCGCAUGACCGGACUGAGGAGGAUGGUACGGGAGAGGCGGAGGAUCGCUUGACCAAGAUUGUUGAGGAGGACUUGACGUGCAUAAAGUGCAAGGAACGCGUCACUCAGCCAUGCUGGUACUGCAUCGUCUGCGAAGAUGCUGUCUUCGUGUGCAUGAAGUGCGAUGCCGGAGGGGGCGUGUCGGAGGGCAAGCACGCGAAAACACAUGGGCUUGUGAGGUGUCAAGAGGAGAUCGUCGAGGAGGCGGAGGUUCCCGCGGAGGAGAAGUUGGAGUCGAUGGUCACGAGCAAAUUUGCAAAGGUCGACGGUCAGUUCGAGGAGGUGGACACGAGGCUUCGGCAGGUCGACGAGCGGCUUUCGCGAAUGGAGCAAUUGCUUCAAGCAAUCGUGUUGAAGAUGGGGGCCGGACAAGACGGAUCGACAUGA